AUGCCUACGAAGUGGAUUUCAGUUCUGCUGCUGCUACAGCUGAGUGGUCACUUCAGCCCUGGGAGUUGUGGAAAGGUGCUGGUGUGGCCCACAGAAUACAGCCACUGGAUCAACAUGAAGACCAUCCUGGAUGCACUUGUCCAGAGAGGUCAUCAAGUGACUGAAGAAAUGUUUUGGGAAGGUUCUGACUUUGUUGAAAAGCUCUGUAAAGAUGCUGUUUUUAAUAAGAAACUUAUGAGAAAACUACAGGAGUCAAGGUUUGAUGUUGUUCUUGCAGAUGCCUUUGGAGCAUGUGGUCAGCUGUUGGCUGAGCUACUUAACAUACCUUUUAUGUACAGUCUCCGCUUCUCUCCUGGCUAUAAAAUUGAAAAGUAUAGUGGAGGACUGCCAUUCCCUCCAUCCUAUGUACCUGUUGUCUUUUCAGAAUUAAGUGACCAAAUGACUUUCAUGGAGAGGGUUCUAUGGAGAUUUGAAGGCAAGAAACCAGAUACCUUAGGGCCAAAUACUCGGCUCUAUAAGUGGAUCCCCCAGAAUGACCUUCUUGGUCAUCCAAAAACCAAAGCCUUUAUAACUCAUGGUGGAACCAAUGGCAUCUAUGAGGCGAUCUACCAUGGGAUCCCUAUGGUGGGCAUCCCUAUGUUUGUGGAUCAACCUGAUAACAUUGCUCCCAUGAAGACCAAGGGAACAGCUAUCAUAUUGGACUUCAACACCAUGUCUAGUGCAGAUUUACUCAAUGCAUUGAAAACAUUCAUUAAUGACCCAUCGUGA